UAACAGAAGGACAUAAUCAGCGCGGUAAGUUUGCAGAACCUUACAGCCUGUCUUGGCCAAAGGGAGCUCGCUUCUUUCAGCUUUUCUGAGGUUGCAAAGUCCACUGUCACCAUGUCUGACACAGAGGAUGUUGGAGUUGAGGAAUACGAUGCUGUAGAAGAGGAGGUAGUAGAGGAAGUAGAGGUGGCCCCUGAGGCGGCCCCUGAGCCAGAGCCAGAACCAGAGCCAGAGCCUGAACCAGAACCAGUGGUAGAGCCAGAACCAGAACCAGAGCCUGAGCCUGAGCCUGAGCCUGAAGAGGAAGUUGAAGAGGAAGAGGAGAAGCCAAAGUUCAAGCCCAGCGCUCCAAAGAUCCCCGAUGGUGAGAAAGUGGACUUUGAUGACAUCCAGAAGAAACGUCAGAACAAGGAUCUGGUUGAGCUGCAGGCCCUCAUCGAUGCUCACUUUGAGCACAGGAAGAAGGAGGAAGAAGAGCUGAUUGCGCUCAAGGAGAGGAUUGAGAAGCGUCGUGCUGAGAGGGCCGAGCAGCAGAGGGUCCGUGCUGAGAAGGAGAAGGAGCGUCAGGCCAGACGUGAGGAGGAGAGGCGGAUCAGGGAGGAGUCUGAUGCCAAGAAGAAGGCAGAUGAAGAGGCAAAGAAGAAGUCUGCUCUCUCCAACAUGGGCUCCAACUACAGCAGCCACCUGCAGAGAGCUGACCAAAAGAGAGGAGGAAAGAAAGAGACUGAGAGAGAGAAGAAGAAGAAGAUCUUGGCCGCUAGACGCAAGCAGCUCAACAUUGACCAUCUGAACGAAGACAAGCUGAAGGAAAAGAUCAAAGAGCUGCACGACUGGAUGACCCAGCUGGAGUCUGAGAAGUUCGACCACAUGGAGAGACUGAAGAAGCAGAAGUAUGAGGUGGUCACAUACAGGCAUCGCAUUGAUGAGUUGCAGAAGCACAGCAAGAAGGGAGCUGCCGCCCGCCGCAGAAAGUAGACGCCCUCAGCUUGCCACUGCUCAGAAACCAAACUGUGAUCAUCUCGGACACACGCCUGAUGAAGCAGCGCACACUGUGGCGAAAGUCGUAGCUCAGAAGAAGCCUGUAACGCUAAGGUUGACCCUGCAAUUACCCAACAACAUCCUGACAUAUGCAACCAGGAGCCUUUAGCUGCCGUUCAAUAGCAAUAAAGAUCAAGAAACGUACUUGCCAUCACACUUUCUCGCCCUCGGCUGUUUGGUUCUCAGUAUUUUUGUAAAUAAAGUGUGACUCCUCAAGCCAUGUCUGUAGAUCUGUUGUUAUUCAGAAAUCAAUAAAGUUCAGUAUUUUUAGA